CACCGGGACAGAUCCUGUACUGUCUAAUGGCAACAUGGCGACAGAGUUCCACAACCUGCAGGAGUUGCGUCAUAGUGCCUCGCUGGCCACCAAGGUCUUUAUCCAGAGGGACUACACCGAAGGGACCGUCUGCAAAUUCCAGACUAAGUUCCCCGCUGAACUGGAAAGUCGGAUCGAAAGGACUCUCUUUGAGGACACGGUGAAGACGCUGAAUAACUACUAUGCUGAGGCAGAGAAGAUCGGGGGCCAGUCGUACUUGGAGGGAUGCCUGGCCUGUGCUACAGCCUACAUCAUCUUCCUCUGCAUGGAGACGCGCUAUGAGAAGGUGCUGAAGAAGAUCUCCAAGUACAUCCAGGAGCAGAAUGAGAAGAUCUACGCCCCCCGAGGCCUCUUAAUCACAGACCCCAUCGAGAGGGGCAUGAGGGUUAUUGAGAUCUCAAUCUACGAGGACCGGGGUUCCAGCGGCUCCAGCUCAGGGUCUAGCUCCACUUCCAGCAGCAGCGGCCGGUGACUGGAGGAUCAGCACCAGGGGUACGGGUACCGGGGGGCCGGGGGGCUCCCCAAGAUCCGCAUGCUGAAACAUGAGAGUACCCGAUUCUAACCCAAGGGAGGGGACAGCCCUCCGGUUUCGCAAAGAAAAACACAUGCACACAACAUACAUGCAAACAUGAAUCAAAACACAGAGACUUGCACGCACAUACUCACACAAACACCAUACAUGGUACACAUACAAACAAACACAUGCACAUGCAUAUCCACAAACACACAUGCAUACGGUACAUGAUCAUAUGCACAUGCACAUGCAUUCAUGUGCACACAUGCUCAAACACACACACACACACACACACACACACUCAUACAAAUAUACACCUACUGUUGUUCCUGCCAGUUGCGUUUCCAUAGGCAUCUCCCUUGUAAUACUCAUCAUAACAUUCAUUUUUUCAUAACCCCCACAGGUUUUUCAUAAGAAAUAUUGAAAGUACUGUAAUAACAUUAAUAAUUAAUAUUCAAAAUUCUGUGGUGAAGAAGGGGGUGUCUGUCACAAGUCACCUUUUAGUUGGCAGGGCUCAACAAACAUACUGGACUCCCAAUGACCUCUCAGUGACCUGGAAAAAUACUGCCCCACAGGAAUUCACUUUCAAAUGGGUCUCUGAGAGAGCGAAUGAAAGCAAUCGCAGAUCACUGCCAUCCUGGAGGAUAGGGACUGUCUGCCAGCACAUGUUCCAAAGCAUGCCCGCAGCCAUCCAAUGAGCUGGGCAUUCCACACGGGGCACCCCCUCAGCUGGGCCUUCCCCCACGUUUCCAGCUCAUUAGGAGCACAAUGGAAAGCCGAUGCCCCUCUCAGCUCUCUGAUCUUUAUCGGAUCAAAGCGCCCAGAUGAUUGCACUUAGCUUUUUUUUUUGUUUGCAGUUCGGCACGGACACGGGAACGCUGCGUGAAAUUUAGCGUGAUAGGGUGCAAUUUUCCAUUUUGGCCACUGUCCUGCGGUCCGUGAGUUUUCUUUCUCGCCGGAUCCUUCAGGCGCCACAGUCGGGAUUAAUUUUGGAACGUUGUAAAUCAGCCGCAUUGUAUCGUCUUAUUAUUUUACAGUCUUUAUAUUUCAGUCUGCAUGGAUGGGCGCUCCUUGGCUUUCAAACGAGUGUCUCACAUUUACACAUAAAAAAUUGCAUCCUGCCAAGUGGCUGACUUCUACUAGGACCUGAGCUUCAUUGUGCCCUCACUAUAUAACACAGCUCUGGAAAUGUGUGGAAAGCUUGAGUAAAAGACAGCCUCUUAUCUGUAUCUGUUAGAAGAUUGCCCUGCAUCUCUGUGAAGCUGUGACAAUGCAACUGUAGCAGCUCAUCUACGUGGAUCAAAGGACCAGGAAAUGAAGAAAACUUAUGCUGGGGGGGGGGGGGGGGGGGCACAAGCAUCUUCAGGCAAUGUCUCCAUGGAAACGCAAGUCCAUUCAUCCCAGACGCUUUGAUACAUUUCUAUCCACUUUAUUACAUUUCAUUUCAUUCAUUCUUUUCAUUGCUUUAUUUCCAUGUUUACUGUCAUUAUUAUUAUUAUUAUUAUUAUUAUUAUUAUUAUUAUUAUUAUUAUUAUUAUUAUUAUGUGUGAUGUAUUUUGUUCCACAUUUUGAAUAUCUGGAUUUCUUUCAUUUGAAAUAAUUACAUUUAGCUAAGUACUUUUCUGUUUAUGAGUUAUUUUUGUCUGCUUGUUUUUGUUGUCUUUUAAGUUUAGGAAAAUGUUUCUUCAGGUGCCAAUCCUUCCUAGCAGCAUUUUGUGCACUAAUAGGCCCCCACCCAAAUCUGUUGCGCCCUCUGUUGGCCAGGUGGGGGCACAGCACUACAGCAACCAAACACUGUUGUGAAAGGGUGGGCUUCACUAGAACAAACAUUCAUCUUAUGUUAACUUAAGGGUUAACAGAUAAUAAAGCUUAUCGCGCAUGUCUGUUUAAGUUAAUUUACAGUACAUGUUUCUGUAUGUCUAUUUAUUUUUCUUUCUGUUUUUCUCUUUAUUUUCAGUAACCUCACCUGGCCUCCUUUAAACCCCCCCCUCCCCUCCCCAGACUUUGUGCAUUUCCCGAGGUUAGUCAUUCACUUCCUGUACCCUUCCACACACCGCACACCAGAUCGGUAGGGUCCCUCAGCAGGGGGGGUCGCUGCAGAGCGCUUUGAUGCCUUCAUGUUUCACCCCCCCCCCCACCUCGUGGAUACCCAGCCUGGGGCUGACCUGACUGACCCACUGGACAUUCAGCUGCCGCGGCCGGCCGUUUGUAAAUUGUGUGCUUUGUACAAACACUGUCCAACGCAUGAGACUCUGUGCAGCGGUGGCUGUGCUGUGGAUGUGCGGAUUGGAUAUUUUAUUGGUGUCCUGUAAAAAAAAGAGGGGAUAAAUGUACAAUAGCCUUUUGGAGGGGAGGGGAGGGGAUGGGAGUCAACAUGGAGGGGUAGGUUACAAUAAAGCUAUUAAGGGAAGCACUAGUGGUGGGGGCAGAGUGGGCGGGGGUGGGAUGUUGGUGACAGGAACUUCCAGAUGAGUAAAAGUGUGGAUGAUAGCGUAGCACCGGGAUUACGGUAUGUAAUGAGGUCAUACUCAGAAAGCCUCACUGCCAGUCCAGAGGGUGCAAUUUGUUAUUCUGCUACGUGAGUCAGUCUUGAGGGAUACCACGGAAAAGAUUCUUCCCUAAUAUGGCCGAGAAGUGAAGUAUGGUGUUGAAGGCAUGCAGCAGGGAACAGCUUACAACAGGCAGAAUACAUAUGUAGAAUGAUAAAUGAAAACAAAUUUAUGCACUGAAAGGGAAUCAUUAACUUCCAAUGUGGGAGGUGGGGCUCUGGAUCGGGAGGGGUGGGACUUUGUGUCGGGGGGCCAAUAAGGGAUGGAGAUCCAUGAGAGAAGUAAUCACUGGGGUUUUCCAAUGAAGCCAAGUUUACACAGGUGUAUACGUUGAUGCAAUGUCUGUUAUUGUAUUGAUGUAGUGAUCCACCAAUUAAAAUGGGAUCAAGCUAGUCUUCCUAUUGACAGAAAUUGAGAUGGCACUGAUUUUUUUCAUACAUGAUUACAAAAAAUAUCCUCCAAAGAGUUCAUAAUCCAUUACUGUUACAAGUCCAGAUUUUGACAUUGAAAACAAUCAACUGUUUUUCUUUUUAAACAUAUUUUAGUGGUCACAUUUGUUCAAAUGUCGUGAUUCUUUUCAUUCACUUUUUACAAGCAAAUAUUGAAAAUGUAAUAUUGUAUUGGAUAUAGAAUUUCCUCUAAAACAAAUAAAUAAUGUCACAAAAAUUGAACAAGCUUUGAA